UGCAACAUUGAGAGCAGAGCGUGGAAACCCAUACAUUCCAGAAUUACCGCCUCUAUGUGCUCUCCCACUUACUGGCUGGCUCACUUACUCACUCGAUGGCUCUCCGCAUUCACGUUCCAAUUGGAUCCGAUCGGCGACUCCCCCACUUCUCCCCACUCAGUCAGUAUGGGAGAGUGAGUAAUGGAUCCCCGUCUGCUCAAUCGAUCGAUGCAAAGGCCGCGGCUGUAAUUCCGAUCAAGAUGAUGAUGAUCUCCGGGCGAGCGGUUAUCAGCCGGCCGCGUCUGGUGGGGUCCAUUGCGUCAUCCGGGCUGUGUUUGCUUAUAGGCCGAUUCGUGACCGAUGGGUAAUGAGAUCCGCACACCAAUUGCGCAGGCCCGAAGUCACUUUCACUCUCACUUUCCGGCAUGGGGAUCACUUGCAGAAGUUUGCGAUGCCGAACUGGAUGCUGCUGUUGCUCCUGCUGCCGGCUCAGGGAUUGGGGCAUUACUACUACGACUACGGGUACUGGGAGAUCAACGAGCCGCCUCCGCUCUGCUCUGACUACGAAAUGCUGGUGGUGAACACCCGGCAGUGCGUCCGACGGUGCAACAUCGUCUGCCGGGAAGGAGUCUGUUUCGAGGACGGAGCCUGUCCCUGUGCCGAUCAGUACCAGGGCGCCGAUCCGGACGGAGUGGUUUGUGCUGCCCAGUGCCUUGCCGGAUGCCAGAGGGCGGGGGGCUACUGUGCUGCUCCUGAUCUCUGUGUUUGCCCAAAGGGAAGCAACUAUUACUUCGAUUCUCUCUCCCAAAAGUGCAGACACCGGGUAGCUCGUCUUCUGGACCCCUGUCUCGGACGAUGCACUCAUGGAAGUUGCUCCUCCGACGGCCGCUGCACCUGCGCCCAGGGCUAUGAACUGCAAGCCACUCUGCUCCACGGCCAACAGUGUACGCCCAUCUGUGAUCACGAUUGUGGACCCCAAGCGUACUGCUUCGCCCCCAACUUGUGCGCCUGCCGGCACAAGCACUACCAUUACGGACGGAGCGGCAUCUGCACCAGGGACUAUUGACCUUGGAGCAGCAGCUGCAGACGAUGGGGCUGUUUUAAGUUC